GAGACUUGAAAAUGUCAGCUCUAGAAAAAAGACUCCACUUGAAUAAAUUGCCUCCCAGGCCCCCUCCUGGUGUUGGAGGUAAAGGUAAAAUGAAAAUGCCUGUUCACAAAAGGAGGGACUAUACACCAAUCAGCUGGGAGGAGUACUUUGAUCAUAUGGAAGAUGUACAAAUCAACAAUGAUACAUUCAGGGUGUAUAUGCGUGGCUCUGAUGGACCCGUAUUGUUGUUCUUACAUGGAGGAGGAUUCUGCGGCCUCACAUGGGCGGUCCUCACUCGGAGUUUGACACGUCUGGUAAAUUGUCAAUGUGUGGCCAUAGAUUUACGAGGUCAUGGUGACACAAAGACAGAGGAUGAGGAAGAUUUAUCUGCAGACAGAAUGGCUCAGGAUGUGGGAGAUGUGGUCCAUGCUCUUUAUGGUGACAAGUCCCCACCUAUCAUGCUUAUUGGACACAGUAUGGGCGGAGCUAUAGCAGUCCAUGCAGCCAAAGAUCACAGGGUACCAGGCCUUAUAGGGUUAGGGGUCAUAGAUGUUGUUGAAGGCACAGCUUUAGAAGCGCUAACUAGUAUGCAGAGUUUCCUUAGAGGCAGACCUCAGGCAUUUGACAAAUUAGAGACAGCAAUUGAAUGGUGUGUACGUACUGGUCAGAUCAGGAACCAUGAGUCGGCAAGGAUCUCAAUGGCUGGACAACUAAAAAUAAGAAACCAUGAACACACUGCAGCUGAUGAGUUUGCCGAAGAACUUGUCUCCUCCCCGCACACAACAGCUUCCCCUACUGUAGGAGCAUCAGCAACCAUUACGGAAGAAGAUGAAGAAGGGGGAGGGAAAUCAACAGAAGAAACAGCCAAAAAUACAGAAUUCAAAGAGCCUUCUUCUGCACCUACACCUAAAUAUGUAUGGAGGAUUGACCUGUCAAAAACUGAAAAAUACUGGGAAGGAUGGUUUAGGGGAUUGUCUCAACACUUCUUGUCUUGUGAUGUUCCAAAAUUAUUAAUGUUGGCAGGUGUUGACAGACUAGAUAAAGAUUUAACAGUUGGUCAGAUGCAGGGGAAGUUCCAGAUGCAAGUAUUGCCACAGUGUGGACAUGCAGUACAUGAGGAUGCCCCUGAUAAAGUUGCAGAAGUGUUGGCAACAUUUAUGAUUCGCCAUAGAGCUGCAACUCCAACAGUCAAUUUUAAACCGUCUUUCCCAGCAUGCUGAUAUUCCGGAAAGCUAGCUUAGGGUCAGUCGUCUGCUAAUAUCCUAAUGCAUUAUGGGACAUUCUCCAAAUGCAGUGAUUUGAGGGAACUUCUCCCAGAAGGACUGUUGACAGCUCCAAUACAGAAUUAUGUUCACUAGUGUUUGAACAAUUUGUGAGCCAAGUAGGCAUCCAUGGCAAGUUACCAACUGGUUAUUAUCUGUUGAUGGACAAGGAGCAUAUCUUGAUUGAUCUUGAUUCAGCCCAUUCCAUUGCAUGUAAAAUGUCAGAUUCAGCUGACAUGUUUUAAAUGGAGAAUAAGAUUUGGAAGAGUGGAAUCAAUGUUGAAUAAAAAAAACAGUAAUGGCAGUUUAAAA